UCAUCUGCAGGAGCGACAGUCGUGAGCGGUGUGUGUGUGAGAGUGUGUUUGUGUGCGUGUGUGAGUGUGUGUGUGUCAGCGAAAGAUUUCUGAAGAUGCUGGAGAAUAGGAGGCUCAUCUGACGGGAUGGCGGGAAUAAUUAAGAAGCAGAUCCUGAAGCAUCUGUCCCGGUUCACCAAGAACCUCUCUCCAGAUAAGAUUAACCUGAGCACGCUGAAGGGAGAAGGUCAGCUCUCCAACCUGGAGCUAGAUGAGGAGGUACUGCAGAACAUGCUGGAGCUGCCCACCUGGCUGGCCGUCACACGUGUAUACUGCAAUAAAGCUGCUAUACGGAUACAAUGGACAAAGUUGAAGACCAGCCCCAUAUGCUUGUUCCUGGAUAAAGUGGAGGUUGAAAUGAGGACGUGUGAGGAGCCCAGACCCCCAAACGGACCCUCUCCAAUUGCAAUUACUGCAGGUCAAAGUGAGUAUGGGUUCGCGGAGAAGGUAGUGGAGGGCAUGUCUGUGAUCAUCAACUCCAUCACCAUUAAAGUGCAGUCGCGAGCGUUUCACGCCUCCUUCCAGCUCUGGCAGCUCCAGGGCUGCAGCCUCAACCCCAAAUGGCAGAAGAGCGACCUGCGGUACACACGCGUCACACACCCCAAACGAGGAGAGGUGCUGACGUUUAAGGAGAUAAACUGGCAGAGUCUGCGCAUCGAGGCGGACGCUAUAGAGAGCGAUGAUCAGGAUCUGGGAAGCACACCACUGCGUCUCAUUACUAACCAAGGCAGGAUACGCAUCGCUCUCAAGCGCAGGGUGAAGGACUGUAACGUGUUGGCCUCUAAGCUGCUGUUUAUUCUGGAUGAUCUGCUGUGGGUGCUGACAGACUCUCAGCUCAAGGCAAUCAUACACUACGCCAAAUCUCUGAGCGAAGCCAUGGAGAAAUCUGGACAGCAGAGAAAGAGCAUGGCAGCGGACACACUGCAGACUGCUCCUCCCUCUCCCAGCACACACUCUCUGUGGUCGGAUGCUCCUGCUCCUCCCGAGGCGUCCGGCUCCUGCACUCUGGCUCAGUAUUUCGAUCUGCAUGAUGUGAAGGAAUCCUCCUACCACACCUUCAUCUCCCGCCUCGACCUGCACAUCUGCAACGACAGCUCUUCAGAGCCCGAUGAAGCCCCUCUUCCAGGCACACAGGGUGCAAUGCAGCUGACCUUCAGGAAACUGGGCUUUGACUAUUACCCGUUUCAUAGACCAGGUGAUGGCUGUCAGCACUGGGAGCGUCACUGCGGGGCGAUGGACUCUCGGGCUCAGUGGGCAUCAAAACUCCUGCAGGACUUCCAGAGAAGGAUGGAGGAUCUGGGCAUCCCUGGACCUCAGUCUGAAGCAAACGUGUCGGCUAAAGACUCUCCAGCCAAAAAAAUCAAGGACGGGGAAUCCCAGUCCAGUUUCAGCCCCGAGCGGACUCAAGGAUGCGCCCUGAAGAAGCUGCGCUCUAGCUGUAUGGUAAUCCGUGUGGACGAUCUGGACAUCCAUCAGGUGUCCACUGGAGGCCGACACAGCAAAAAAACACAGUCUCUUCUUUCCUGCAACCGCAAAUCCCUGCAUCUGCCAGAAAACACUCCUGCAAUCCACCUUCAGUUCACCGAAUACUACUUUCCUGACAACCCCGGACUUCCUGUGCCCUCCCCUAACCUGUACGCGCAGCUCAAUGGUCUACAGCUGUGUGUGGACGCUCCGAGUGUCUUAUGGAUGACUCUGUUUACACGGGGUUUACACAGGACUUUAGAUCAGGUCAAAGCUUUUUACCACCUCCAGGACAGCAGCAAGACUGACGAACACAUCGAUAUGCGCCUGGAUGCAACACAGCUGAAGCUGGUCGUUCCCCUGGAGUCCUCUAUUUUGGAUCACCCCGACCGUCCUCAGUCUCUGAGCAUCGGUUUUCCUCAGAUUAUCCUCAGCAACACGCGUCAGUCUCCGCACGGCUCCCAUUCGGACCUCAACAGCACCUACAGCAGCUUCUCCAGCCGUACAUUCUUCAAUCCAACCCAAUGCAAACCUUUCCCACGAGAUCAGAGCGUCCUACACCCCCUGCCAUCCGCGUUUCUUCAACUCUCCCUAGAAAAUGAGUCCUUGUUAGCGAACAGGCGUCCGUCUCGCUCUCAGGACGUCUGGUCUGUCAGUCUGUCCCGAGUGACUCUUGGUUUUGACGGUGCUCGUCGAGGACUCCGAGGGAAAACUCUUCCAUUCGUAGAGCCUUUUUCCAUGUCUUUAUGGAUGUGCCAUCCUGAUGCCUUCAGAAAAGACUCUCAUUGUUCAGAAGAUGAUUCAAUAUCUCCUUCUAGAUUUAGCCAGGAGUUUUCACGUGCUCCAAAUGACCUUAUAUCUAAUAAAACCAAGCAGACAGAAUCUCUGAUCAAUUCUCCAGCAGCAUCAAUUCAUAUUUUAGCCCAAUCUAUUACUCCGGUUAAAAUGUGGCUCAAUCAUUAUCAGUUUAUAGCUCUUUUACGGAUGAAGGACUACCUUGGCAGGCUCGCCGAAGAUUUGACUAGGGAUUCCCAAGGUGAAUCCGAAAACAAGCGGUCAGAUCCGCCAUCGGUCUGUGUCUCAAUCCUGAUGGAGGCCAUUGAGCUUUCUCUGCUGCUUCCACCUGCAACAUGUGAGCCAGAACAGCAAGCUGAUUCUCCAGGAGAAACGGACACUAAUAGCCUGACCGAAUCUGAUUUCUCACCAUCCCACCGUGCUGAUCCUGGGAAUGAGGAUGCAGAAGAUGAGGAGCAGGAGGGAUCAGUAGAGGAGGCCUGUGAAGCAGUGGAGGAAGCCAUGGAUCAAGCUACACAUGAUGAUGAUGAGGAUAAAAGUGUUGCUCCUUCUACAACUCCUCCGGUUUCUCCUGGGAACCCGGCGUUAUUGUCCAGACACAGCUCUACUUUCAGCAUAGAGGGGGAUUUUUCCAGUGCUCUGAAUGCCACUAAAGGGGUCACCAAAGACGCCCUCAGUGCCUCCCUGGAUUUGACCAAAGGAGCGUUGUCCAUCACUAAAGAUGCCUUCAGCAUGCUGAGCCGAGGGUCUGGCAUGAACAAACUCUUCACACCUCAAAACAAGGAUCAGAGUUUGCGUUCAGAAGAGUCCAGUCCUUCUCUCAUGGGCAGUCUGCGGCUUCAGACCAUGAAACACUCGCCUUCCCAGAAUUCCUGCGACAGUGCCAUUUUAGAGGGCAGUUUGGCGGAUGACGGUGUAUCCAUUGACAGUGACAUGAGUGAAAACUUCGUCAUCCUCAUGGAUUCUGAGUCCGGUGUGGAGUCUCUGCGUCCCAACGGUACAGGUGUGGUUUCGGGCAGGUGUGUUAGUCCUGCUGCAGGAACUGAAGGAUCAUCAGCAGAACUCAGCAGCUCUCUGUCCCAGAGCACUGAAGACAUCGCACAAGAUAUGGCGUCUGUGCUGAGUGUGUGUCUGAGCCGGAUGUGUUGUCUGAUGGAGAUGCGUGGAGAAAAUGUGGUUCUGGCGCUGGAAUCACAGGAUAUUCAGCCCAAACAACAUGGAAACCAUAAGAUCUCAGACCUGCUGGCAGGACUGCCACUGACACAAGCUGGGUUGUGGUCCCCCAGUGCUGCUGGUUCUCCAGGACCUGGCUCUGUCUCCUGUCCCACAGCAGUGCUGUCCCUCCGGCUAGAGUCAGGCCCUGCAGCUGGCAGACACUGUGCUCAGUCUGAGAGUCUGGGCUUCAUGGAGGUGUGUGUGAGCGGGUGCAGAGCUCAGCUGCUGGCCUCCACAUUAAACACACUGGGGCCCUUCCUGGAGGACGAGUUCAGCGCGGACCCCCAGCCCAUGAGGAUCUGCCUGCAGGACACCACUGUCACUCUCAAGGAUGACGGUCCUCGUGUGUACCCGACCGCUCCUCAGCCCGUCCCGGUGCUCUUCUCUCUGGAUAAUGUAGUGUUGGAGCGUCUGGAUGAUGGAGUGCUGCGCUUCAGACCUGCUCAGAACCAAUCAGGAGCUGAGAAAGAAAAUGCUGACCAAUCCUGCUUUGGAGACCGGGAGAAGAACAAGUCUCUGGAGUCCAGACUCGCUGAUGUCCAGUCGGCUCUGGAUAAAGCUGUGUGUGACCGCGAGCGUCUGCUUCACGAAGUCAGAAAACACAACCCGUCCUUCACCUUAUGAUGAUGAACAAAGGGAAAAACACAGGAGGAAAAUAACCUUGUAAAUAAGAACAAGACACACACAUGCAUUAGCUGGCUAGAAAGUUCUCAUCCAUCCUAUCCUUAAAGCAGUGUUUCCCAACCCUGUUCCUAAAGGCACACCAACAGUGCACAUUUUCCACCUCUCCCUAAGCAAACACACCUGAGUCAACUCAUCAGGACAUCAGAGGAGACUCCAGAACCUGAAGUUAAUGGGUCAGAUGAAGGAAACAUCCAAAAUAUCUACUGUUGGUGUGUCCCCAGAAAAAGGGCUGGGAAAUACUGCCUUAAAGGAGCAUUUGCUGGCCCAAAAGUUAUCAUCUAUCCUUUCUUGCAUCUUAAAGCAGUGUUUCCCAACCUUGUUCCUAAAGGCACACCAACAGCAUGAUUUAGAUCAUCUAAACAUGGGAUGCACAUGAACUUUACCAUGUUGUUUCUUUAGAUUGUCUAAACCUGUGUUUCCCAACCCUGUUCCCGAAGGCACACCAACAGUACACAUUUUCAACCACUCCCUAAUCAAACACACCUGAAUCAACUCAUCAGGACUCCAAAACCUGAAGUUAAUGGGUCAGAUCAGCGAGAUAUCUUCAAUACUGUCGGUGUGCCUCCAGGAACAGGGUUGGGAAACAGUGCCUUAAAGGAACACUAGAGUUUUUAGACACUAGAGGCUCAUUUUACAAAUCACUUAAUUAUGUUUUUGAGAGAGAUGCUAAUGGUCUAAUCCGAUUCAAUGAUUUAUGCUAAGCUAAGCUAAAAGUGCUCUGAGCAAAUCAAGAGAUCAGCUGAAUGGAUUAAAAAUGGUCACAUUUAAUUAUAUGUGAAUUACAGGGGGGUUAAAUUAAUGGUUGAUCCCCCUGAAGGACGUCAAAACUAGUUUUAUGGAGGGGUCAGCUCUUUAAUAGUGAGGAAUGAUUUUCUCUGAGCUGUACCUUAAUUUUAAUAUUAUUAAUAAAUAAUAAUGUUAACAAUGAAAGUAAUAGAUAAUAUAUAUACGACCACCCCAUAAGGGUUCAUACCAUUGUGAAUACAUGAUCGUACCAAUUAGUUUGUGCAACGAAAAAAAAUCUUAAGGUGAAGUUUCACAAACUAAUCUGAAGAGGUGAUAUUAUUGAUCGCGGCUGGUCUCUCAUCUGUAAUCUUUAGGAAGCCGAUCGGAUCAUUUCAAACUUACUAUAAUAGCCCCUCUAUCAUUCCUCCCUUAUCUUCGUUUUGUGAAGAACCCCCCAUCCACCCCAUCUCCUCCUUUACCAGGGGGAGCUCUCGAGAACUACCUGAUCUCGUACUCCCCUUACAUGCUCAUCGACCAGGCGGGAGCUCUGGGAUCAAUCAUCUCCGAGCUCAGGGUUCUCUCCCGGGACAGAACUCUUGAAUCGACAUCGUAAAUGAGGAAAAAUUAAAAUAUGAAUAGCAAAAUACUGAAUGGAUAUGGAUAUAUAUAUUGAAGAGUGUAGAGUAACCUCUGAAAUAACUACUCAGAGGAGACCGCAGGUCAGAAUACACUAAACAUCCCUCAAAACAUUGACUUUAUUAAACCUUUUAUUAGUUAAUUAGACGUUAUUUGUUUCUUAAUUAUUCCACAAACUAACAUCAGUGUAAAGAUGAACUCCUCGCCUGAUCAUCAGUGUGUAAUGGGGUAAUUAACUCUGUAUAAUGAGCCGAUCUCACCCCAGAAACUGCAGUGUUCCUUUAAUGAUCCUCUUCAGUCUUCCUGUAUAGUAGACUUUCAUUGUGACAGAUCUGAUCUGAGGUCAGCAGUGAAACACACACACACACACACACACACACACACACACACAC